AUGGAUCUAUCAUCAGCAAAACCCCAAACCAGCAAAUACACCACCCUCCCCCCACGAGAUUCUCUCGAUGAUCUAGAUAUCGAUCUAGAAAAUGACUCCGAUACCACUCUCGCAUCCACAGGUUUCCUAGCCAAGAAACCUACAAAAUCAGACAGGAUGCAUAUGAUGCUCGGGAACAGAUACGAGAACGAUAAUCCCAAGGAGAGUUCUAGAAUACCCACUGCGCUGACGUGGAUACGGUGGGGUGUGGUGAUUUUUCUGCAGUGUGUUAUUAUUGUCUUUUUGUUCUUGUUGCGUCCAGCUGGGACGGGGAAGGAUAUGGGAUGGAGUACUGGGGAGACGGAGACUGGUGGUGAUGUUAGUGGGCUUUAUAUACCUACAACGCAUAAAUACACACUCCUGACGCCCGACGAAGAGAAAUUCGUACCGAACAUGAGCUCGAAUGAUAAUAGAAUGGAAAUUAGGAAGAAUUGGGAUAUGUUGAUGCCUCUUGGAAGCGGAACUGUCGAGAUCCCAGAUUAUAAACAACACCCUAUGCUAGGGAAACCUAUCGUCGACGAUCCGAUCCACAGCGGUGCUAUUUUCGAAGCAUCGUGGACGCAUGCUUUGCAUUGCCUAUACUACACAGUAGACAGCUACCACCAGCUGGUCGUGAACGGCACAUUCGGCUUCGACGGCAUCCGCAACGACAUGCACGCCUCGCACUGCUUCGAGUACCUGCGCAACCAGAUCUUAUGCAUGGCGGACAUGACUCUCGAGGGCAGCGAGAGCCUGCUCGACGCCACGGGGCAGGGACAGGCGCACAUGUGCCGGGAUCGCGAGGAGGCGAAUGCGUGGAUUGAGGGCAGGAGGGUGGAUGAUUUGCAGAGUAUUGUUGGGCCGUGA